AAGACGAAGAUGGAGCCACCAACGGAUCUGCGCCGGCGACGAGCGCCCGAGCAGCAAGUCGUGACGGACGGGCAGGAGGAGCAGGAGGAGCCUCCUCCUCCUCCUGCUCGUGGGGCCCACGGACUCACGGCCGGAUCAGUAAGCGGCCGUGCAUUUCGCGUUAGCAUUGGGAUCAUGCUUCUUAUUUUGCUGAUUCCUCUGGCUAUCUUGUGCCUUUUUGUUGACUCGCCCAUCAAUCCACAGCCCUACAGCUAUGCAGAGCCGCCCCCAUUGACGGGACUGCUGCAGCCCAACGAGAAGCUACGUGGAGUAGAACGGCUGUUCCAGGGUCAGCUCAUGGGCCCAGAGUCCAUUGUUACGUUGGGAGAUGUGCUCUAUACUGGAACGGCUGAUGGACGAAUUUUAAAAAUUGAAAAAGGAGAAAUAUCCACACUGGCAAGAUUUGGAAAGCCACCAUGUGGGCGCCCGGAGCUGGAGCCCACGUGCGGGCGGCCGUUGGGAAUACGUGUCAGUCCGAACGGAACACUGCUGAUAGCCGACGCGUACCUGGGUCUCUUCGAGGUCGAUCCCGUCACCGGCAAAGUCUUGACCCUGGUGUCAUCCCAAGAGCCGGUGGCGGGCCAUCCCAUGGGCUUCAUCAAUGACCUGACGGUGACCAGCGACGGCACCAGGAUCUACUUCACAGACUCGAGCAGCAAGUGGCAGCGGAGAAACAACCGCUACCUGGUGAUGGAGGCCACUGCUGAUGGGCGUCUGUUCGAGUACAACAUGGUCCAGGACUCCCUACGGCUACUCAUGGACGGGCUGCGAUUCCCCAAUGGCGUGCAGCUCACACCUAACGAGGACGCGCUGCUCGUCGCUGAAACAACCAUGGCAAGGGUGCUCAAAUAUCGUCUGUCAGGACAGCUGGCGGGCGCAAGCGAGAUCUUCGCAGACAACCUUCCUGGAUUCCCAGACAACAUUCGUGCAAGCGGCACCGGCGGAUACUGGCUGGCCAUGGCUGGGGUGCGGCCCAACCCUGGUUUUUCUUUCGUAGACUUCCUAGCACCGCGGCCUUGGCUUAAGUCGCUCCUCUUCAAGGUCCUGAGCCAGGAGGUGAUGAUGCAGUUUGUGCCACGGCACGGCCUGCUGCUGGAGCUGGGCCCAGACGGCGCAGUGCGGCGCAGCCUCCAUGACCCCGCGGGAACGAUGGUGCCCUCCGUCAGCGAGGCCCAUGAGCACGAUGGAUGGCUUUACCUGGGCUCCUACCACGCCCCAUUCAUCUCGCGCCUCCAGCUCAGCAAGAUCUAGGAACUUAGAGCUGCACCUGAAAAACACGAGUGAACAAGCAAGCAUGUAUUGUGAAGAAGAAGUCAUUUGUACAUUCUGUACUUGUGCCACUCGCGCAAUGCCAGGAUAUUAAGGAGCUAUGGUCCGUUUUGCAGAUGGGUAUAUCCUGCAAAACAACGAAUUUCUCUCAUGAAACUUGUGAGGCAGUGUUCAUUCGUCCGUUCAUGAAAUUUGUAGGAAGUUUGUGUCAUUGAACGAAAGAUGGCACGUAAAAAAUAUUUAGUCUGCACUUAAAACAUAAAGUGUGCUGUCCAUUUUUCUUUCAUCUGAAUAAUUAGUUUAUUUUAAAAAUAUUGCUGGUCAUUACAUUGUAUUUAUUUCAGCAGGAAGGGCCCAAUGAGCUGUUAGGCUCUCUCAUGGGCGUCCUGCGACGGUACAGAUUUUGUACAGUACAGAUCUUAGUGACCAUUAUGAUUACAUAGUGUACUCUUUGGUUCUUUCGGUAAAGUCACGUAGGUAUAAAAUA